AUGGCUGACUCCAACGUUUCCUCUCCGACCAAUGAGUCCAGUCCUUACCGCUGUGUUUUCAAUGAGGACUUUAAGUACAUCCUGCUGCCUGUUAGCUACAGCUUGGUUUUUGUGGUUGGACUGGCCCUUAACUCUGUGGCUUUGUACAUUAUCUUGUUCCGCAUCAAACGCUGGAAACCAAACACCAUCUAUAUGCUGAACCUGACGGUGUGUGACACACUCUACAUCCUCACCCUGCCCUUCCUCAUCUAUUACUACGCUGAUGAGAAUGACUGGCCAUUUGGAGAGUUCCUCUGUAAACUCAUCCGCUUCCUCUUCUACGCCAACCUCUAUGGCAGCAUCCUCUUCCUCAGCUGCAUCAGUCUACAUCGCUUCCUGGGCGUGUGCCACCCAGUGCGCUCUCUGAGCUGGGUGAGCGUUCGUCGUGCCCGUCUGGUCUCGGUUGGAGUGUGGGCGAUGGUGCUGCUGUGCCAGGCGCCAGUUCUGUACUUCUCACGGACUUGGGCUGCUGGUCAGGAACGCAGCAUCUGCUAUGACACCACCAGUGAUGAGCUGUUUGAUGACUUCUUGGUUUACAGCACAGCCGUGUCAGUCUUGCUGUUUGUUGUUCCCUUCACCGUGGUGAUGCUGUGCAAUGGGCUGAUGGUGAGGAAGCUGCUGGAACCCGGGGGUGUGGCUAAUGGGUCGACAUCCCAACGCUCCAAGCAGAAAUCCGCCAAAAUGAUUAUCAUCGUGCUGGCAACAUUCAUGCUGUGCUUCCUGCCUUUCCACCUGACGCGCAGCCUGUACUACAGCUUCCGUUACCUAGACAACAGCAUUAGCUGUGCUAUAUUAGAGGGCGCCAAUAUGGCGUACAAAGUCACACGACCGCUGGCCAGCGCCAACAGCUGCCUGGACCCUGUCCUCUACUUUUUGGCUGGCCAAGGUUUCCGUGGCAACCUUACUAAGAAGUUAAAAACCAACAAAUUGACCGAGGCUGGCACAUCUCUGACCACCCCGCUCUGA